AUUCAUUCUUAGCCAGUAUCCUUUCUUGUUCUUAUCUUGUCCCUCCUUUAGCCCCUAUUAGGCUUCUAGACGAUCACUCGGUCCCAGUCGAUUUUCCAUCAUGAGUCCCAGAAAGCCCGCCAGGGCGACAGAAAGAAGCCCAGGCGGGCCCGUCAAGUCGGGGCGCAUUACGCGCUCCAGAGUAUCCAUCAAUGCGGCGGAGUCUCGAAGACGUACUGCAGGUGUAGAGCGUGGAGGUCGGGGGGCCAGUCCCGCACCAAUGACAGGCCAUCCCCCCGCUUGGGCAGAGUGUCGACCGGAACUAUGUGAUGCGCUUCCUUGGUUUCGAGCGGUGCAGGGAGGGGUGUAUCAUAACGGGAACUUGUGUUUGGGGUUCCUGAUUGACGCGGACUGCGGGAUUCGCUCCUAUGUGGACGAGGAAAUUGUCAUCACGAGAGUGGGCGGGGGCUGCACCAAGGAUGCCGAUGGGAACCUGGUCCUGCUCAGGGAUCAAGACAAUGACAGUUCCGCUAUGAGUAGCAUCGCGAAUAGCAUGAAUCUGAAGAUCCCUCCAGGCGAUCGCAACACCCUCCUGGGCAGGAAGCCCCCGCAUCGGUACAACGUGAUGGCGUACUUCCGGGUCACCCAUCUUUGGUACGAGAAAAUUGGUAAGAAGACAGGCGCCAAAGUCCGGUUCGAGAAGUUGGACUUGUCUAGCAGAAGUUGGUGGGCGACCAAGUCUCCCCCCUCGCUCGAGGAACGGAACUUUGACCUCCAGCCAGCACAGGCCCGUUGUGUAGCCUGCUGCCAAAUAAGCCCUCAGAUAUAUAAUGAGGGCUGGAUGUGCCUUCGGCCAUCAUGCCGACGGUUCUGGACCAUCGGCACAUCCUCUUCUCCGUCGAACCUUAGCUUCCAUCCGGAUUUCCUGGGCGCCCGCCUUCCUCCCGACCUGACGAUACAGCCUCACUAUACCCUCGUACCGGACUUGCUUUCGACCCUGGCAGAAGCCGAUGGCGAUAUGCUGACCAAGCGCAUUGCUUGGAAAGGCAUCGUAUGUCCCCGAUGCGCUCGGUGCAUCUCACGAAGGUUUUGGAGGGGCUGGAGGUGCGCAGACGUCGGCUUGUCAGCAGGUGGCUCACAUCGAUGCACCUUCGAGAAGAUGUUGGGCAUGCGACCCAUCUCGCUUCGGUCGGUUAUUGAUGACUUGGAGAUCAGUCCAAUCAAACGGGCUCUUGGGUUUGAUCCGAAAUUCAUGGUGCCAGAGAUCGAUGACCGGACUCUGCACCCAUAUCGAAAGCUGACUUAUAGGAUCCCCGGGGUGGGCAACAUCACCCAUCUGGUUUCCAACCGCGCGAUCAACACCCGCCCUAAUGGGCCGGAUGAUCUCUUCGAACAAUUGCAGGGCGCCGAUCUUGGGUUGAGGCGCUACCCUUUACAGCAGAGCGUAGUUGCUGGAACACUGACUGCCCAUUUCGCCGUCAACUAUGGAAUGCCCUAUAAAUACGUCGUCUCUGUAGCAUCUAAGGGAUUCAACGAAUCCUGCGAUGAAAUUCUGCGGGCAUUGGGUCGGUUAACGUGGGCAACCAAGCAAGCUGUAACUGAUGCCGGUGACUGCUUUCUCCCACCCAACGAAUUACUCGUCCUGGGUUAUUUGGAGGAUAUGAAGAUUGGGUAUCAUGAUGAUGGGGAGUCAUCGCUCGGUCCCACAAUCGCCACGCUUUCACUGGGGGCGAAGUCCACGAUGCUCAUCCGCAUGAAGCACAAGUACUACCAUGGCUACAGCAAAGCGAAAAAGCCCCUGUCCGAAGACCCGGUGCUUGAGGGGUGCGAAAACCAUCACCGCCGACAGGCUCUUAAGAGUCGGCUCACGGAUGGCAGUAUAAGCCAAAGCAUGUAUGACGAUCUCCACGCGGGGCUCUUGAAGACAGGAAGAGGCGGAGAAGCAUCGCCGUGUAUCAGAAUGGAGCUCAACCAUGGAGACCUGGUCGUGAUGCAUGGCGAGAAUUUGCAGAAGUACUAUGAGCAUUCAGUCGUACCGGAAAAGAGACUGCGGUUCGCCUUGACUGCUCGUCAUAUCAAACCCGAGCAUGUGGAUGCGACGGAGCUGGAGAAGGGACAGUUCUCCCUGGCCCAGGAUCAGGUUUAUGACGGAAGAUAG